AUGGAAGAAGACGACAAUAACAUAAAAAUAAAAAUCAAAAGUAUUGAUAACGAGGAAUUUGAGCUAGCUGUAAAAGGCCAUACAAAUGCAGAGGAAAUAAAAAGUAUUAUUGCUGAAAAAAAAAAUGUUGAAAAGCAAGAUAUUAGAUUGAUUUAUCAAGGUCAGUGUUUAGUGAAUGAAAAAACCAUUGCUGAUUAUAACAUACAAAAUGAUCACAUAAUCCAUUUGGUAGUUAGAAAAAAAGAAAAUCCUUCUACUACUGCAAAUGAGGAAAAUGGAAAUAUUGGUACAGGUGCAAACAACCCUAACAAUCCUACUUAUGGUAAAAAUGACUCUAUUAAUAUGAAUACGUUAAGAAGUAAUGAUGGAAGUGUAGUAGGUGGUGAUCCUUUACAUAUAAACUUUAGUUCGAAUAUGAACAGUAGCAGUAGUAUGAAUAAUCCAAAUGCAAAUAUAAACACUACGACGACCACAAGCAGCAGCACUAACAUACCUAGUAUUAAUGCCAAUCCAAAUGUAGCAUCCUCCACUCCUCUUUAUUUUACCCAUAUGAGAUUAACAAGAAAUGAUAACAUGGAUGGUGAUCUUAUGGGGCAGACAAAUAUAUGUUCUUUACUUAAUGAUAUUAUGAGUCAAGUUAAUAUAAACCCAAAUUUUGUUUACGGCGCCGCAACUGCUGCUGCGAAUGCGGCCGCAGCGAAUGCAGCAGGAUUAGGAGGAGCAGGGUUGGGAGGAGCAGGAUUAGGAGGAGCAGGAUUAGGAGGAGCAGGAUUAGGAGGAGCAGGGUUGGGAGGAGUAGGACUAGGAUUAGGUGGAGUCGCAGGUAUAGGAAGUUCUAUGGGUAGUGUGAUAGGCCAACCCAAUAUGGGAACAGAAAAUGGUGAAACAAUUUUUACAGCAUCAGUAAGAACAAAUGGCAUAAAUUCGAAUGUGAACGAUUUUGUUACAUCUAACUGCAACGUUGAUUCGAAAGAUCAGAAGAACGAAGCGUUUGAUGGAAAAGGAAAUGUAGAAACAGGAAAGGAUGCUAGGAAUGCACAUGUAGAUAAAAAGUGGGAGAAAAAUAAGAAACAUAUGACAGAGAAAAAAAAGCAUGAUGGGAAUGAUGAGCCUAAUGGGCAAGGAGCUGAUAGGAGGCAUGCUCGAAAUGGUAUUAGCGGAGCUAAUGGUGGUGAGGAAAGUGACGAUGGUAGUAGUGGGAGUGGAAGUGAAUCCUCAUCAGGUAAGAGUGAUGGUAAUUGCAAUAAGAGUAAUAAGAGCUAUGAAGACGACACAAAGGAAGAACAAAAGAAAAUGAAAAAAAUAAAAAAGAAGAGAAAAAGUUUAAGCAAAGAAAUGAAGGUUUCAAAUAAAUAUAAAAAAGGGAAAGAUGGAAAACACAGCUCUGAUACUUCUAGCAAAAGCGAUAGUUCAACUAGCAGCCACUCGGGGACAUCACUACUAUAUGUUGACAAGGCUAUGAAAGGCGAUGAAAAAAAGAAAAAGGCAAUUAAAUUAAGCAAAUAUAACAAAAAGAAGAAACGCAAAAAUAAGCACAAAAAAAAGAAAUCCUACGAUUCUAGUAGUUUUACAUCUGGAUCAAGCUUUGGUGACGACGACGAUGAUGACGAUGAACUAGGCAAGAACGAAAAGAAAUACAGAAAAAAGGAAAAAGAAAAGAAAAGGAAAAAAAAGAAAAAAUUCUUAUUCGACCCCAAUUUUUUAUAUCAUCAGAAUUAUAUGUAUCAUCCUACAGAUACUGUUAACCAUGCAAGAUUAAAUAAACAUUUUAAUCAAUAUUUUGGAGGAGGAAAGGAAUCCAUGCUACCACAUGCUUAUCACCAUCCCCUCUUUGCACUACACCAUCGCUCAAGAGCAUCGGGCUGUGGUAAUUUUUUGAGAGAAACUAAAAACAGUUUGAAUUAUGGAAGAGAUGAUAUAAGUGAGAUACACGAAAAUUUAAACAGCGUCAAUAAUAACAUUAUGGAGGAUUUUACAAAACAGAAGGAGAAAAGGAAAAAGGCCCACAGCAGUUCUAAAGCCUUGUUUGCAAAUGGUGGAUUGCACGAUAGUAAUUUAUUGGAUUUGUCGGGAAGUAACAUUCAGGGGAAUAGAACAGGUAAUAAAAAAAAAAAAAAAAAGGCUGUCUGCAGAGGUGGAUGCAGUGAAUUGAAUUUUUCAUUACUCCUCCUUCUAUUUCGCCUCUUCUUAUUUCGCCUCUUCCUAUUUCGCCUCUUCCUAUUUCGCCUCUUCCUAUUUCGCCUCUUCCUAUUUCGCCUCUUCCUAUUUCGCCUCUUCCUAUUUCGCCUCUUCCUAUUUCGCCUCUUCCUAUUUCGCCUCUUCCUAUUUCGCCUCUUCCUAUUUCGCCUCUUCCAUUUCGCCUCUUCCUAUUUUUCCCUUUUUUUUUAUGCUUACCCAUAUGACACUUCUACCCCUUUUGUCGACGCAGGUGGAAUGAUGGAUGAACAAAAUUAUCCCAACCCCAAGGGAGAGUAUGAAAAUAUAAUUCCAUUGAGUGAUGUAGAAAGGAAUAAUGAGAUUGUACAAAAUGAUUGCUUAAGGACAAAUGGAAGAGUAAUGGUGAACGAAGGAGAAGGUGCAAUUUUAUCAGACAAUAACUCUCUUUCAGGAAAUAUGAGAUCAAUACAAAUGUCUAGCGAUAGAAGAAAUAGUGCAUUGAGAAGAAGUGAUCAAAAAUGCUUAAACGAUGGAAAUGAUUCAGAAUAUAAAAAUUUAGAAGUAAACAUACCAUGGAGAGUUAUAGAACAACUUUUAGUAUUACUAGAAGAAGAGACAGGAUAUAGAAGACCUGACUUAUCUGCGUACAUCAAUUCAUAUUACAAUUCAAAUUCUAUAUUUGUAUUUUUUUAUUUAUUUGUUCAUAUUAAUAAUAUAAUAAAUAGUAUAAUAAUUCAAUUUAAUCAUUCGAAUUUUAUGAACAAUGAUAUUACAAUGUCAUCUUUCUCCAGAAUAAGCAUCAUAUUGUCUCUUGCUUCUGUAGUUUUUUCAAGAUUAUCAAAUUUCUUUUUUGUUUUCUAUGAUAAAUUUUAUUGUAAGAAUUAUGGAAGGCAUCAUCAUUAUAGAUACUCUGACAUGAUAAAUCAUGAAUUUUUAAGAGAAUUACGAAAUUUUUACUACAGAAAUAAUGGAAGAAAUUCAAAUUCUAACAGAAGCGGUAGAUUUUUCCCGAAUGAAUCUUAUUCGAAUGGAAAUUAUAUGAACAUGAAUAUUGAUUUGUUAAACAAUUUUAACUCUUCAUAUCUUAAUAAUAUUAAUGAUAAUUAUUACCCACUUCCCUACAAUAAUGAUACGCGAACUGGUGGUGCUAGUAGAACCAAUCUGCAACAGGAAUUUGAAGAUUAUUAUAAGAAUUAUCUAAAUUCAGUUAAAGAGAAUAAAAAUAUGCUUCUAAGAAAAGAAUGUUCUAGUAAUAAAGAAAAUAACAUCCCAGAAUUGUCACAAAUGAAGGAAGACGGUGGAAUGUGUAGCAAUCAAACAGCAGGAGGAAAGGUAGAUAAUAAUGUAGGCAUUCACAACUGUCAUAAUGAAAAAAAAAAAACAAGUAGCAAAACUAUGAAACAUGCACUCUGGAAUGGCCCAAUCAGCAAUACAAAUAAUUGCAACAACAAUAAUCCCUUUUCUCACUUUCCUGGGCAGAGAAAUAUAUCACAGUUGUAUGAAACCUUUAAGAAACGAAGCAAUGAGAAAGAGAGUGAUAAAAAGAAGAAGGAACAUUCAAAACCUUACCACGUCCAUAAGGAAUUAUUCAAGGACGAGAACUCAUUCAGGGGAUACAGCAGUUGCAACCCAAACGACAGCAGCAGCAGAAAUGUGGACGAAAAGGACAAAAUGAUAAAGCACAUUCGUAAGAGGGGAGAGAAAAAUAAGAAUGAAGAAAUGGAAAAGGAAAAAAUCGAAAUGCAUGAUAAGUACACCAAAAUGGUACAAGGGGAAAAUGAAUCAAAAGUUGGUGCAAGAGCUGAGCCAAUAACUGGUGCAAAGAAUUCUCCACACAGCAAUUUUGCCUCAUGUGAUAGCAACAUGGAUGACAUGUACGAUGUAUCAGAUGACGGAAAGGAAAAAGAAGAAAACUCAAAGAUGAAGAAGGAACAUUUAAUGGGAGAAGAACAUAAAGGUAAUGUAGAUACAUAUAAUGAUAAUAAAGGCAACAAAAAUGUAGACAAAGAAAAAAUUACUUAUCACAUGACUAACAGUCCAAAUGAAAAAAUUUCCGAUAAGAACAUGAUUUCUAUUUCUCCAAAUGAUGAAAAACCGAUACAACAAAAAGUCUCUGCACAAGAAAAUGAAAUAAAAAAUGCUACAAGUAGUAAGACGGACAACCCAUCUGUUAUGGAUAUUCGAAGGACUCCAACUGUUAAUAACAACAAUAAUAAUACCCCUAUGCCAAAUAUCAAUAUUUCAAACAUAUUAAAUUGCGUUCAGAAUCAAAUGAUUGGAGGGAGUAACGCAUCUCAGGUGGAACCUCCUCGUGAUAAGUUUGAAGGAAUGCCAAAAGAAGUCAAAGAGAGAUAUAAAACAUGGGUCGAAAAUACACAAAUAUUUUCCGGACAAAUGAUUAAAAUUUGUAGAAAUAGGAGACCCCUAAGUAAUGCAUACAUUGGUGAUGAUUCAUCAAAGGACGAAAUAUCCUUUAACAACCUAUUGCCAUUUGUAUGGAAAAGGAACAUGAGCACGAUGAAUUUAGACAUAAACCUGGAAUUACCUGACGACUUACUAAACGCUUUCGACAUGCACGUUUUCGAAUUUGUUAAGAGGAACAUCAAAAAUAAUGAAGAUUACAAGUUGGAAAAAUUUAAAUAUCCAACCCUUUCCUUUUGUGAAAAACUUUUCGAUGAAGUGGAAAAAAAAUAA